CCCCAUUCCGUGAAAUAAAAUUCAUAAGCAUUGAUCCAGCGGAUGCCAAUUACGCAUGUAUAUUACGGUCCAUCCCCUUUACGUGAAAUAAGCAAUAAAAAAAGGAACUUAAUUCAUUUAAUCCGGUAAUUAGUUCUCUGUAAUUAUGGAGUCUAAAGGGUUUCAACAAGUCAAGAAGACUCACAAUAAAAGAAUAAAUAAAGCUGCAAAGAAUUUUAAAUAAAAAUAUACUCUGCUGGGAAGAAGCUGUGAGAAGAUGGUAGUCACCUCUUCCACUACAAAUGAGGUAGCUAAUAAUGAUGGCAGCAGCUUGAUGGGGUCAAGUGGUGGUGCUAUUAGGGUUAUGGAAAAACCACUAAUAAGCGGCGGAGAGGAUAAACCACAACAGCCGCUGCCGCCUCCCCCACCGCAACAACCUCUGAAAUGCCCUCGUUGUGAUUCCUUAAACACAAAAUUCUGUUACUAUAAUAACUACAGUUUGUCUCAGCCAAGACACUUUUGCAAGGCAUGUAAGAGGUACUGGACAAGAGGGGGUACUUUGAGGAAUGUUCCUGUGGGGGGAGGGUGCAGGAAGAACAAAAGAAUCCGACGGCCAUCGUCAUCCCCGUCAACAGCCACCGCCAAUGGCCAUGAUCAACCGUCGCCUCCGAUAAUAACGUCUCUCCAACUGCAGCCUCAGAUCGGUCUCUCUUCUUCUUCCUCAGCUCCAACUCACCCCAUUAUUAACCCUUUCAUUUACGGCGGGUUUCCCGGUAAUAGGCCUUUGGAGCCGCCUGGGUAUGAUCAUCAUAAUAUGGGAUUAGGGUUUUCCUUUUCUAGUCUUUUGGGUGCUGUUGAGAAUAACAAUAAUGCUGCCGGGUUCGCUAAUCCAUACCCCGUGUUCGGAUCUUCUUCUUCUUCAGCCGCUUCCACUGCAGCUUUGGCUUCUUUGCUGGCUUCGAGGCUUCAUUAUCAAGCCGCGACGACGACUAGUAACGGUUUUCACAGCGGACCGUACAUAGAGAAUAUUGGUGGUGAAGAGAGGGUAAAAGAAGUGAAAAUGGAAGUGAUGAACAAUUGGGAAAAUCACAAAAAUGUCCGUGGAACUGGCGGUGGUAGUGAUACUGGUAGUGUUUCUAAUACUCAUUAUCAAAUGGUCAAUCAGACAAGACAGAUAAACACUUCCGAUAACAACCAUCACAACAACAACAACAAUCCCGCGUCCCUAUCCUGGACUUGGUUUGAUCCUUCAAACAUGGGUUCUUCGGUCCCUUCUAUUCUCUAAUGAUAUCAUCCUGAACUCAUCUCCAUCUUUCAUCUUAUUUCUGAUCUUGGCUCCCUCUCUCUCAUUCUUGUUUUUUCUUUUUGUGGUUAUCCAUCGAUCUUUGAUUCCGAUCGAGUUUUCGAGCCUAGGAAGCUACAAAAGGAGAAUCCAUACAAAGGCUCAUAUGGGUUCAUACAUAUUCAUCAUAUAAAUAGAGAUGGGAGGAGAUUGGAUCUGAGUGAUCAUGUCAGCUGCAAGCUAAGAGAUGGAGAGAUAAUUCACUAUCAUACAUCACCCUAGCAAGAGUGUUAAUUUUUUCUAACACAGUUAGGUUGAAGAAAUAAUUAGUGUUACGACGUUGGAAUGGUCAUUUGAGUUAGAUUACAUAUAUGUUGCGCUGAGAGGAACCUCAGAUCCUUUUGUUCUUCUUCAUACAUACCAACAUGCAUCAUCAUCAUCAUUGGAUCAUCCAGGAUUGAUGAAUUGAGCACAAAAUCUGGCCUGGACAGUUCAAGUGAGUCAUCAGUUCAAAUAUUCAUAUAUAUACGUGUUUUCCUAUAUGUAUGUAUCUAUAACAUUUCCAUCUUUAGGUUCUGCAUUAACUUUUGUUAUCAUUAUCCGUUUUUGGUUUUCCUGUUUUUAAGAUUCUUGUUUUAGUUUAGAGAAAGGGGUAAUUAGUAUACGGUAUAGCAGAGAUCAAUGGAAGGGAGAGGGUAUACACUCAUUACCAUUGUUAAUUGCAAAUGGUACGAUAUUAUUAUUAUUAUUAUUAAUUAAUUAAAGAUUACUCUAUUGAUUA